GUUGAUUUUAACCCUGUGUGGGGAGCUCUCGUAGCAGUUUCUUCUACAUCUGACCUUCGAAAGGACUUGGAAUAGGAGAUAGAGUGCUUCGCGGUAGCAUGGGUGCUUGCUGAAGACAAUUCAGGCUGAGCACUCCUACCUGGAAGUGGUUAUCUAUCCUGGUGUAAACCUUCAGAGAGGGAAUUAACAGGACACCAUGGACCAGCAACUGAAGAAAAGGGGAACGACACCUAGCCAGAAAGGCCUGGGUAGAAGAGCUGCCAGUAGGGACAAGUCGCUGCCAGCCCAGCAGGAACCUCCUGACACGACAUGGAUCUUAUGUGAUGACGAUGUGUGCUAUGAGACUAGCUUCCGGGUUGUCGAAGAGGAUUCCUUCUCUGACUGUUACAUAGAAUGCAUAAUAAGAGGUGAGUUUUCUGAACCUAUCGUGGAAGAGGACCCACUCCUUCAGUCCUUUGAAUGUCUGAAAGAAGGACCAAAACAAGACCUUUCUCAACAGGUUCUUGCGGCAAGCUCACUUCUUGAAUGUUCCUUGGAAUACAUGAAAAGGGACGCAAAACAAGAACUUCCUCAACAGAUUGCUGGAGAGAAUCCACUUCUUGAGUUUUCUGAGUACAAGCCAAGCAAGAAGCUUCCUCCCAGAGGAAUACCCAACGUGGACUUUUCAGAACCUAAACAGUUCAUGGGAUGUACAAGAAGCAAGCCAAGUACAAAUAAAGAAUAUGGUGCUCCAGAAAAACAUGUCUGUCCUCACGAUGGAUGCAUAAGAGAGUUCAAGAAUAAAACAUCCCUGAGAAAGCAUCUUCGAGUUCAUAAUCCCCGAGAUCAUGUGUGUGCAGAAUGUGGGAAAGCCUUCAAGGAAAGUGCAAAGCUAAAAAGACAUUUUCUGGUUCAUACUGGAGAGAAGCCAUUUCCAUGCACUUUUGAAGGGUGCGGAAAACGCUUUUCCCUGUCCUUCAACUUGCGUACACACGUGCGCAUCCACACUGGGGAGAAACCUUUUGUGUGUCCUUUUGUAGGCUGCCGCAAGAAAUUUAUUCAGUCAAAUAACAUGAAAGCCCACCUCUUGACUCACGCAAAGGCCAACAGGAGUCUGUGAGAAAAGAUUAAAAAAUAAUCAUCAAACAGGAUAGGCAUAUAUUAACUAAAGAGUUACUGGGAACAAAUAUGCCUCAUUGAUAAUUGGUUCAGAAAACAAUUUUAAAAUCAAUAUUGUGACCCUCAAGCCAUUUUAUUUUAAUGUUACUAAGAUGCUCCUCUAGUCUGAGAUAUUAUUUUAGAACUUUGUGUAGAAUUACAACAUGCUUCUAACAGUAAGGUCAGUAAUGAACUUACUUCAAAAGCAUAAUCCUUAAUGUCUUAACAAAUUGGAUUUUUGGAUAUGAGACU